AUGACCAGUGGAUUCCCAUUCCCGGGUAUCCCGAUUGGUUUUGGGGUAAUUUUCGGCGUCGUCUUAAUUCUUGGUUGCAUCGUGAGUUGCGUCAAGGGUUCUGGAGACCACGGUGGCGGGGGAGACAUAGGAGGCGAUGGUCAUGGUCAUCAUCAUCAUCAUCACCACCACGGUGGAGGCCAUGGUCAUCAUAAUCACGGUGGCAGCGGAUGUGGUGGUGGAGGCCAUGGUCAUGGCCAUGGCCAUGGUCAUCACGGUGGCGGCGGAUGUGGUGGUAGCGGAGGAGGCAUAGGAGGAAGUAGUGGCACCGGUGGGGGAGGUGGAUGUGGUGGUGGCGCCGGUGGGGGAGGAGGAGGCGGUGUCUAG